UGCGGGCGCCGCGCCGGGUGCCGCGACGCUGCGGAAGGGGACCCCCGCGCGCCCGGCACGGCCCGCUCCAGGGACCACCCGGGGCCGCCCCGGCCGGCCCGGCGGGGUGCAGACGCGCCAAGGGGUCAACCUGAUGGGUCUCGGGGUCAACGGAAGAGCGGGAGGGGCGCCCCGGCGGGGCGAAGCCCCCGGCCCCCCGGCCCGCGGCUGAGGCGCAGGAGGGCGGCCAUCUUGGCCGCGAGGGGCGGGCCCGGGCGCGGCGGGCGCCGCGCGAUUGGGGGGCCCGGCCGGAAGUGACGCGGCGGGCCGGAAGCGGCGGGGGCUCCCGGGCGCGCUCCCCCCGCGCGCGCCGGCGCCCCCGCUCGCUCCCCGCCCCCCGCCUCCUCUCGGGCCGGCUCCCCCCCGCGCGCGCGGGCCCCGGCCCGCCUCCCCCCGCCCGCGGAGCCGCGGAGAGAGGCAAGAUGGCGGCCAAGUCCGAUGGCGGCGGCGCGGGGGUGGGCUUCGCCCAGCUGCGCGACCUGGACGAGGCGGCGGGCGGCGACGAGGACGGCGAGCCCGGCGGCGGCGGCGGCGGCGGCGGCGGCGGCGGCGGCGGCGAGGAGCCGGGCGAGAGCAGCUCGCUGCACAUCUGCCACUGCUGCAACAGCUCGUCGUGCUACUGGGGCUGCCGCUCGGCCUGCCUGCGCUCGCUGCUCGGGCCCAAGGCGCGCCGCGCCCCCGCCGCCGCCCCCCACGCCGCCGCCGACGGGGGGUCCCGGCCGCCGCCGCCGCCCGCCGCGCGCCGCCCCCCGACGCCGCCGCCGCCCGCGCAGCGCCCGUGGCUCGACUGCCUGUGGAUCGUGCUGGCGCUGCUCGUGUUCUUCGGGGACGUGGGCACCGACCUGUGGCUGGCCCUCGACUACUACCGGCGCGGCGACUACGGCUGCUCGGCGCUCACCCUCGCCUUCGUGCUCGUGCCGUCGCUGCUGGUGCAGAGCCUGAGCUUCCGCUGGUUCGUGCAGGACUACACGGGCGGCGGGCUGGGCGCCGUGGAGGGGCUCAGCAGCCGCGGGCCCCCCAUGCUGGGCGCCGGGCACGGCCCCCGCGGCGGCGCGGGCGCGGGGGGCUCGGCCACGCCGGGGGCGCAGCGCCUGUGCCGCCUGUCCGUGUGGAUCUGGCAGUCGGUCAUCCACCUGCUGCAGCUCGGCCAGGUGUGGAGGUAUAUCCGCACCAUGUACUUGGGCAUCCAGAGCCAGCGGCAGAAGGAGCAUCAGCGACGCUUCUACUGGGCGAUGAUGUACGAGUACGCGGACGUGAACAUGCUGCGCCUCCUGGAGACCUUCCUGGAGAGCGCCCCGCAGCUGGUGCUACAGCUCUGCAUCAUGGUCCAGAGGAACAGCGCCGAGACGCUGCCCUGUGUGUCCUCCGUGACCUCCCUGAUGUCCCUGGCGUGGGUGCUAGCGUCCUACCACAAGCUGCUGCGGGACUCCCGGGACGACAAAAAGAGCAUGAGCUACCGGGGCGCCCUGGUGCAGCUCUUCUGGCGCCUCUUCACCAUCUCCUCCCGGGUCAUCUCCUUCGCCCUCUUCGCCUCCAUCUUCCAGCUGUACUUCGGCAUCUUCGUGGUGGUGCACUGGUGCGCCAUGGCCUUCUGGAUCAUCCACGGCGGCACGGACUUCUGCAUGUCCAAGUGGGAGGAGGUGCUCUUCAACAUGGUGGUAGGGAUCGUGUACGUUUUCUGCUGGUUUAACGUCAAGGAAGGGCGGACUCGAUACCGAAUGUUCGCCUACUACACCAUAGUCUUGACCGAGAACGCGGCCUUGACGCUCCUUUGGUAUUUUUACAGAAACCCGGAGACCACGGACUCCUUCGCGGUGCCGGCCCUGUGCUGUGUCUUUGUUAGCUUUGUGGCUGGGAUGGCGUUGAUGCUCUUAUAUUACGGCGUGCUGCAUCCCAUGGGGCCGCGGGCUAAGAUCUUUGCCAGCUCCUGUUGUGCCGAGCUGCUCUGGGGCAUCCCUCUGCCCCCUGAUGUUGAGCCCAUGGCGCCCCAGACCCCUGGGUACCGGGGGGCCCAGGUGACGCCCACCAGAGCCGUCACGGAACAACAGGAGGAUGUCACGGCUGACACAUGCUUGCCCGUGUUCCAAGUGAGGCCCACGGAGCCCUCGACCCCGUCGGGGCGCCCUUACCACCCGGAAGGCCCCCUCAUUAAGAUUGACAUGCCCAGAAAGAGGUACCCGGCCUGGGAUGCCCACUUUGUAGACAGGCGGCUGAGAAGGACCAUUAACAUCCUGCAGUAUGUGACGCCCACGGCGGUUGGCAUCCGCUACCGGGACGGCCCGCUCCUCUACGAGCUGCUGCAGUACGAGUCCUCGCUCUGA